CCAAACACUCUCUCCCUCCAAUAAAAGACCACCUUAUCUCUACUUGAUCAACACCAUAUAUCCCUUCAAAUCUCAAAACAAGGAGUUAUUAUUAAUGUCCUGGCAGAAAAAACCCAUAUAGCUAUACUACCCGGUCCAGGGAUGGGUCACCUCAUCCCACUAAUCGAGUUUGCCAAGGCGCUACUUGCUCUUCACCAUGGCUUCGGUGUCACGUGCAUCGUUCCCACGAUUGGGUAUCCAUCAGAAGCCAUGAAAGCCGUUCUCGAAGGCCUCCCCACCAACAUAGACCAUGUCUUUCUUCCUCCAGUGAGCCCCAAGGACCUCGAGGAAGCACACCCUGGGAUCCAGAUUUCCCUUACCAUUACUCUCUCUCUACCAUCCCUUCGUGUUGUGUUGAAGUCAUUACUCGAGACGACUCGGCUGGUUGCUCUCGUCUUUGACCCUUUCGCAAGCGAAGUCCUAGAAGUUGCCAAGGAAUUACAACUGUCACCGUACUUUUUCAUCCCCACAAAUGCCAUGGUUUUGUCGCUCCUCUUGCAUCUUCCAACACUGGACGAGACAAUUCCAUGCGAGUACAGAGACCUACCAGAACCAUUGAAACUCCCGGGGUGCAUUCCAAUUCACGGUAAAGAUCUAAUAAACCCAGUUCAAGAUCGAAAAAGUGAAUGGUACAAACUUUUUCUUCGCAAUGCAAAACGUUUCCCAUUAGUCGAGGGGAUCAUGGUUAACACGUUCAUCGACUUGGAAGGACGAGUUAUAAAAACUUUAGGUUGUGUUUGGAUGUUGAAGUGAGUUGAAUUGAGUUGAGUUGAGAUAAUAAAAUAUUAUUAGAAUA